CUAACAAACUACUGCUUUGCCUAAUCAUAACCAAAAAUGACCUGACGUGGGAUUCGUCACCGAAGCAAAACUUCCAAAAUCUCUCACUCUCUCCAAAGAGAAAGGUAAAAAUUCUCUCUUUCUAGAAACCACCGAGCAAUGGCUCUAAUCACCCGAAACACCGCCAAUCGCCUACCUCACCUCCUCUCUGCACAGCGGCCUCUCGCUUUCCACACGACCCUCCCUUCUCUCUCCUCCACCACCCCAACCACAUACGCUCGCCCUUCUCCCCCCUCAACCACCGGUCCUCCCGCAGGCCUCUCGAAGACUGCCGAAUACGUGAUCUCCAAGGUCGAUGACCUCUUGAACUGGGCCCGUCGUGGGUCCAUCUGGCCCAUGACCUUCGGCCUCGCUUGCUGCGCUGUCGAAAUGAUGCACACCGGUGCCGCUCGCUACGAUUUCGAUCGCUUCGGUGUCAUUUUCAGGCCUAGCCCUCGCCAAUCCGAUUGCAUGAUUGUCGCUGGCACUCUCACCAACAAAAUGGCACCUGCUCUCCGCAAGGUUUAUGACCAAAUGCCAGAGCCUAGGUGGGUCAUUUCUAUGGGAAGUUGUGCAAAUGGUGGGGGAUACUACCACUACUCGUACUCUGUUGUUAGAGGUUGUGAUAGAAUUGUCCCUGUUGACAUCUAUGUUCCUGGAUGCCCACCCACUGCUGAGGCAUUACUGUAUGGAGUUCUUCAAUUGCAGAAAAAGAUCAACAGGCGCAAGGAUUUCCUCCAUUGGUGGUCCAAGUAAGGAUAUCACAAGUUGCUUCUGGGCUAUUUUUACAGCAGUUUAAAGAAUCAGGGAUUCAGGGUUCUGUUACUUGUAUGGUGACUGAACUCCCUGUAUUAUUUCGAACUUCAAUUCGUUCCGACUUUAGCUUUGCUUUUAACUACCUGCGCUAUUGUUCAGAGGAUGUUUAAGUUUCCUUUGAAGUGGGUAUGAAUAAAUUCCAUGUUCUCUUGUGGUAUCUCUCAGUUGAUGGUUUGAACUUUGAAGACAGAUUUGUGGGGUAUUUUCCCAUGGCAAGAGCUAUGUUUUAAUAACUUCACUUUUAAGAGACGAUUUGGGUUUUUCAUUGCCAUGGAAUGUUGGACUUCACUCGUGCUUUGUCGAGUAUGUGAAUUUACCUGAUUCCUAGGAGAAUUCUUUUCUAAGUUCGUUUCUCCUAUCCGAUUGUUUAAUAUUUUGGACCAAUCAAAAGUGAAGUUAUUACAACAUAGCUUGUCUUAUUAAUCAUCAUUUUCAUUUGCCCACAGGCCACUGGAAUUUUCUUAAUUAAAAGUCUUUAAAAUUGGUUACUAAAAAAAAUCUUUACCUUGGUAAGAAUACAGAUUUUACCAACGAGUAACAGUGUGAUAGACAUUUUACCGUUUGGACACCCAAAAAUCUAAUUCUGAAGCCGAAAUUUUUUUAAAAAAAAACAUCCAAUUAACUCACGGCAUAUGUAAAUACGAUGACGCCUACUGUAUUUCUAUUACUUUUCUAUUCCACCCUCUCUCUCUCUCUCUGGCUCUAUCCCUCUGGCGUUUCUCUCUCUUUCUUUUCUUUCACAAAUGGUGGACGAAGCACAGUACUCUUCAGGUCCCGACGCCGGCAGCAACAAACGCAAAUACGAUGAGCAGACAUCGCCAUUUUCUGGUGGCAGGAGGCCGACAGGGUUCUCCGCCCCAGAUUCGGCUCCUCCUUCAUACAACAGCUUCCCGCUACCGCUUGACGGCAUCGAGAUGGCCAAGCAGCGAGCUUAGGAGAUUUCUGCUCGCCUUACUCAAUCCGCCGCCUCGGCUGGCUCUGAGGCCAGGCGCCCUCGUGUCGACAACGGCUCUGGCGGUGGUUUUGAUAACGAUAAGGGAUUUAGCUCCGCUCUUUCUGAGAUAAAGCUCCUGUCAAAUUUUGCUCCUUCAGCUAUACCGGUUUCCUAUGGUAGCUACCAUGGUACGAGCAAAAAGAUUGAAAUUCCGCAAAUAAGGGUUGGUGUUAUAAUUGGGAAAGCUGGAGAAACCAUUAAAUAUCUUCAAGUACAAUCUGGGGCAAAGAUUCAGGUCCAACGAGAUAUGGAUGCAGACCCUAAUUCCGUGACUAGGCCUGUAGAGCUCAUGGGUUCUGCUGAACAAAUAGCUAAGGCAGAGCAGUUGAUAAAUGAUGUUCUUGCUGAGGCUGAAGUAGGAGGUUCUGGAAUAGUUUCUUGAAGAUUGACCGGACACACUUGAAGUGAACAUUUUGAAAUGAAGAUUCCAAAUAACAAAGUUGGUAUGGUGAUUGGUAAAGGUGGUGAAACAAUUAAAAACAUGCAAGCUAGAACUGGAGCUCGAAUUCAGUUGAUACCUUUGCACUUGCCCCCAGGUGACACAUCAGCAGAAAGGACAUUACACAUAGAUGGGACGAGCAAACAGAGUAAAAAUGCAAGAGAAUUGGUUGAUGAGGUCAUAAGUGAGGUAUGUUUGGAUGUGGAUGUUGGGACAAAAGCUUUUCCUCAAUUUAAAUUCUUUCUUCCCCUCUUCUUUUGCAUGAAUUGCUUGGCUUUUAUUAUGUAUCCCUACUACUUUAGGAUCCUGUACUUCUAUCCAUAACUGUUCUUACAAUUGAAUUUUACUUUGAGUAUUGAUUUAUUGUGAUCCUCUGGAGAUCAUGCCUCUUUACAACAUUAGUAACGAUAGGACACUUUGAAAUUUCAUUUUUAUUGAGACUUUAUAAUUAACAUUGCUUAAGAAAUUUACUUGUUCAGAUGUUGAAGAGGUAUUCCUUAUAAUCUUAAUUGCGGAGCAAAACCAUUUUCGUUCCUUUGGGUAAAUUAGGGACUAAAUUGCCACUCUAUUUUGUGUUUAUAUUUUCGUAAAUAGAUAUUGUGUUAUUAUGACCUGCCAAUCAUUGCCUGUGGUCAAUGUUCUAAAGUUCACCCCUUUAUUUUAUUAAAUUCUUACAUUUUCUUAUACUUUUAUUUACCUGUUGAGGAAGUAGAUGGUUCUCCCACGCAGGUUAUAAUAUUUGUUCUUAGUAUUCUGUUGAAUAAUUCUUCUAGACUUGCUUCUGCAUCCCCAUUUCUUGAUGCAGUUAUUCUGUCUCUUUGAGAUAUGAUUGAUUCUAUAUUAUCAGAUUUUUUCUUCUGUUUGUUCCACUUGUAAAAUCUUGAGAGUUGCAGACAUCUUUGGCUGGCGAUCCUUGUUGCUAUGACAGCUGGUUGAGAAAUUGUCAUGUGUCAAAAUAACCAGUGGAAUGAGCGGGUCCUCUACUUUGUAAGAGAUUCAAGGCUGUUUUGUAUCAAAAUUUUCAGGUUCUAGUUUGAUAUUAAGAGCUGGAUAACGUGGUAAUUUGCAUGGCUUGGCUUUCUUCUCAAAAUCUUAUGAAUGGAGUUAUAAUUUUACAUGUUAAGUUCAAACUGUCAAGGUCUUAUCUAUUGAUGGUUUCUUAGAGGCUAAAGGGUAUAAAAAGCCCUUGAGCUAUGAUUAAAAAAAUCAUCUAAGCCCUUAUUUUAUUUAUAGCAAUCAGUCAAUCCCUCCAAUAUUUAUUUGUAUCCAAGUAAGUCUUUAUUUGGGUGGAAAAGUUAAACAUUGUUAAUUUUUUUGCCAACUAAGAUAAAAUUCCAUGUGAUCAAUAAAAUAGAUGAAAAUUUGCCUUGUGGUGCAGUUAAUAUAUGUGAAAAUUAAAUAAAUUAAAAAUUUCUUUUCUUCUAUUAUCUCUCUCCCCUCGCUUUAAGAUCCCUCUAAGGGUUCAAUUGGUUAUAAUUCGGGGAUUGAUUGGUUCAAUUUUGUCACGUGACUAAAUUUUGUCCAAUUAAGGGUUCAAUUGAGUCGAAAUAGAUGAUUUAGGGAUUGAUUAAUUGCAAUAAAAUGUUAAGUGUUUAAAUGGUUAUUGAAUUAUAAUUCAAGGGCAUUUUGUACCCUUUAGCCUCAUAUAUUAUUGUUUGAAUUGCUAAAUUUUUGUGAAGACUGUUGGUUAUCGUCCUUUAAUUUUGCUACUGAUGGUUUAAUGUCCUUUAAUUUUGCUUAAGUUCUGUGGUGAUAUUUUGAUGCUUAGGUUGCAAGGCAGGUCUUGCCCGCUAAUUUUAUGUUAGGAUAUCACGAUGUAAACAAGGACUCGCUUCAUUGUGGUGAUAAAACUCCAGUCUUCUCAUCAUUCUUUGGGUUUUAUGGCUAAGUGACUUGUUUGGAUUAUGGCAUGUCUAUCCACCAAAUGUGCUUAUUAAUUGUAAAUGAUGAGACUGAUAUUGUCAUUGGGAACUAUUGUAGGAUUAAUCUGAAUUGGACAAUUGGUCACACCAACAUUGAUUUCUUUCUGUUGGUGUUUCAUCUGCAUUUUUCCCUGAACCGUAUGAGAAAUCCAGCAAUGGCUGGAAGCUAUCCACAGCAAGGUUAUCAAGCCCAAGCACCUACGAGCUGGGGCCAAAGGGCUCCUCCCAUGCAGCAAUCUGGUUAUGGUUUUAUGCAGCCUGGGGCAUAUCCUAGCCCAUCAUCGCAGUAUAACAUGUCUUAACCACCUUAUGGGGGCUAUCCUUCCCAAACAUCAUCUGGUGGAUGUGUCUCUGGUUGGGACCAAUCAGCUGUGCCACCAAACCAGCAAAGCUCUGCUGCAAGUAGUUAUGAUUACUAUAACCAACAGCUUUCUUCACAGCAACAGCAAACGCCUGGUGGUUCAGCAACUCCUGCUGAGUGGUUACAAUUACAGUCAACCUCCAGCUUCUAGAUGUAUGCAACCAGGACGAGGUUAUCCUCAGGGUAGCUAUGGUGGAUACCAUGCACCUCCACUAUCAGGUUAUCCUCAGGGUGGCUAUGGUGGAUACUAUGCACCCCUUGUAAAUGGUAUCAGAGUCUGUGUAACUAUAUAUUCAGUGUGUAAAUCUAUAACCAGUGUGUAUUUUCUGUUUCAAGCAAACUUGUAUCAUAUAUUACGAGAUCUUGUGCAACCUACGUGAAAGUUUCUCUUAACUCUAUUUUAUUUCCUACAUUUCUUUCAUAUUUUGAAGCUCAUAUUUUGGAUUUUGUAGUUUUAUUGCUGGUGUUUGUGGGUUUUGUUUGCCUUUGGUUAACUGGCUUUAAAGAAACUUAUAAAAAUCCAAAAUCCAGGUUUUAAGCACCUAAAAUAUGGAAGGACGGGAAAAUACUUGUAUUGUUUCAGAAAAACUUUAUAGCCAUAGCUCAUACGUAGAUUCAUUUUGUGAAUCUCAUAAUAUAGUUAUUUGUGAAUCUCAUAAUAUAGUUAUAAGUAAAACUUUAAAUGGUUUGAUUGAUCUUUCUACCUCGUUCGUUAAAAAGUUAUUACUAAAAGUUGAACAUAUUGAAGAAAAAUAGAGAAAAUAGAUCUGGAAGCCCAAAUGGUUCAUAUAGAAAACUCAUAUCCUGAGUUAGGAUUUUUGUAUUAUGGAAACACCAUAACGACAUUGCAAAGCAAACCUUCAUCUUCAAGGACCGCAGAACGGAGCAAAAUGGAUUUCAAAUCUUA